UGUCUAAAAUAAAACGUAAGCGAAACAAUGCACUUACAACAUGGUAAUGUUCAGGUUGUAAAUCAGAAGGCAAAGCUAACGGCUUUUUGAUACUGAUAUUGAUGUUAUUAUAACUAAACUGUCCACAUUCUUCAGUGAAAAGUUAGCACCAAUCGCAAAACUGAAUGAAGAACAUUUCAAUUUGGUUUUGUCCCCCAGUGGAUGGCUUGACCGUGAUAUCAUUCAUGCAGUACACAUAUGUCUUCAAAAUGUUAACCCUGGAGUUAAUGGGCUGCAAAACUAAUUUUAAGACCUGUAAAAAAUUUCACCCAAUUUAAUGGAGAAUUUAUUCAGAUUUUGCACAUGAAACGGUCAAGUUAUAUGACAAUCUCUACCAUAGCAUCAUCGACAGCGAAAUAGAAGACCAAGUUAUUAAUUAACCUUGUUGGACAGGACAAUUUUACUGGCAUCAGAGUUGUUCCUGCAUGUUUAGCAACAACUAAAUGGCAGUGACUGUGGAGUAUUUUCGGCUGCCUUUGCAACAUGACUGGCUUAUGGUAUAUAUUCUGAAACGGUGCAAUUUGAUGUGAGCAAAAUGAGAACUCAUUUGUAUCACUCAUUAAAACUUGUAGUCAGGUCAAACUGUGACCAGAGGUCAAAGAAAUUGCAAUAUAAUUUUUUUCACUGGUAAAAUGUGAGGGAAGGUGUUCUGAUUAACAUACUAAAAAUAAAAAAAUAUCCCUUUGGUGGAACAUGGUGAAAAUCGAGUUUUUCUUACUUCUACCUAUAGAAAACCAUUGUGGACUAAAUGUUCAAAUUUUGAAAUCAUUUUUAGGCAAAUGUAACCUACAUUAUUGGAAAGCUUAAACAAAACUAUAUAAAUGUCAAUUAAACCGUUAUAUUCAAUUUACUGGUCAGUUUGUCGUUAUUCUAGCUCAAAGUUGGAAAAAUUUAAAUCUUGUAUAACUUCGGCUGGAUAGGCAAAACCAAGGUAACCGUUUAAUGAUCUAUAUUUUAGUUUUUUCUAAGCUUUCCAAUAAUGUAGGUUAUAACAUUUGCCUAAAAAUGAUUUCAAAAUUUCAACAUUCUGUCCACAAUGGUUUUCUAUAGGUAAGAAAAACUCGAAGUAAGAAAAACUCGAUUUUCACCAUGUUCCACCGAAGGGAUUUUUUUAUUUUUAGUAUGUUAAUCAGAACAACUUUUCACACACUUUACCACUGAAAACAAAUCUAUUGCGAUUACUUUGAUCAGGACCAUGUACUUAUAGUGAUUUGACCGGACUAUUGGUACAUUGGAAAUGUUUCCUACUUUAAAAUAAUCAAUAAUUAUACAAAUUAUGACAUAACUUAAAGGUAGGCCUAAUAUUAAUUAAUAGCAGACUAUUCAAUUGCAUGGGAUAAUUCAAAAAUCACUACCACUAAUUCACGGUAGCUGGACAGAUAAGUCCACGGUCAUUAAAGAGAAAAUACACUGACUCCAUACCAAUUAACGUGUAUUCGGUUAAUCAAUGAUGUCAUUUCACAGUGUAAAGUAUAAAGAAUAAAAGGGGACUUGUUUCAAACAACUUGUUGUUGUUAACUUAAGUUAUAAUCAGUAUAAUUAAAUAUUUUAUGGAUAAUAAACACAAGUGUUUGAAUCAACAAAGCUUUCAAUCUGUAAGGAUGUGCAUCAGUGCAUGUAAUACAUAUACAUCAUAUACUAAACCUUAUUUAUAUGUAGUGAUGAUGGUUCAGGCUUACAGAUGUAAAAGGUUUGUUUAGAUACAUAAGGCGCUUUAUGACAAAAUACAUUACUCAAAGGGAACUACAGAAGGGCAAAAAUUGUAAGAGCUGCACCAAUUCCGAUCAUUCUGUCAAUUAUGGGACAGUUCGCACUUUUGCUUGAAGAAGUAAGAUAGUCCAAUGGCAGGGUGCUUUGCAAAAUAGUAUACUUUUGUCACAAAAGUCCAAUGACACGCUCAACGUGUAUUCGUACAUUUGCAAUCCCCCUUGUCUUUUCCACAUCAAUUGGAUCGAGUUGAUCUUUGCCUCUUGUAAACGCUGGUAUAGCUAAAGGUUCAUUCAGUAAGUCACGCACACCUCUCGGUAAGGUAUUUAUCAGAUAUCUGUCCGCCCCAUGCUUUAGAAACAAAACAAAUUGAGCCUUUGGGUGUAAUUCCAAUGAGAAGUUUGACCGUGUUAUGGUGUUUAUAACUCGAAAAUGUCUGUGACCUUGCGAGAAAAGAAAACAGUCAGUGAUGAUGGUGUUUUUUUCCCAAAUGCAUACUGAAAGCACAUAUGGACAUUGUAUGCCACAACUCCUCUCUUUCUGGCCAUCGGACAAGAGGGAUAACCGGAUAUAUCUAACCAUCAUCCAUUCAGAAAAUGUUCUCGAUACUGUUGAAAGAGACACACCAAAUCCGAAGGCGAGGUCUUGAAAAGGGACAUUCAGCUUAAAACCAUUAUGAACUCUUGAAAUAGAGAUAGUGUUUUACUUCUUCCAGUAAUGUAAGGACUCACAAAACCAAAUGCUACUUUUAAUACAUCAAACCCAGGUAAGCCAGUAUAAAAUCUCACCCUAUCCUCCUGUCUAUGUCUCCUUGAAGAGGUAAUCAAAUUCUUCAGUUUAGGCUUGGCUCUCGAUACCUUCAUUUACAGUCUGGGUUUCAGGAUCUGCCGUUGCCUCAGAUCGAGCAAGACAUCAUGUCCACCCAUAGUUUCCAUACCUGUUGAUACUUAAUCAUCAGUUUCUUUAUCAGGAAUGCCAAGGUAAACAGUGUUGAUAGGAUUUAAAGCCUCUUCAGUAAAAAUAUUUUCCUCGCCUGUUUCCCCUAGCUCGUCAAAUUUUUGUGCUUGCGCAUUCACAUAAAAUUCCAUUGUUUCUGUGCGACGUUUACGCAUUUCUGUGGCCCUUUGAGCUCGAGCAGCAGACACUUCCGGGCCAGUUAACUGUUGCUUAGAAUGCCCUAAACACAAUGUAAGCACCCAGUCCACGUUGUAUCGAUCCCAAUCGUUAGCAGCUUGUCCUGACAUGAAAUGCUUGCUACAAACUCGCUCAGUUGCCAAAAUAGAGUCGGUUAUGUCGGUUAAAGGUAUUGGCAACAAAAUUUUUAUUGCUUCAUCUGAAAGAGCAUGAAAAAAUAAGCCGAUUGGCAGUUUAAUGCUCUAUUCUAUCUCAUCUAGUUCCGAAGUUAUACGCAAAAAUGUCCAAAAUAUAAGUUGCUGGUUCAGCACAACGUGUGACGUCAUUGGUUGGGUAAGUAUGUUUAAUGAAUACUAAACUGAAGCAUAGCUCAGUUAUUAUGGGCCCAAAUCAAAUGAAAUUUUGCAUACUGAUUGUACAUGAUGAGACGCAUUGAAAAACACUUCUAAUUUUGUUGCCAAGGUAACAAUGUCGUUCCCAGGCCCCUUGCGCCAAUUUUAUAAAACAGCUUUAUUCAUGGGAUUUAUUUAUAAGAAUAAAAUAAUAUCAGAAGUAUGUGUACCAUACCUAUGCAUGCCAAAAGUUUACUUGCAUGAUAAUAAUUCGAAAAUAACAUACACAUAGAUAAAUGCAACUAGUUAUUCAAAAUCAGUGUAAGGGGCCUGGGAACAACUGUGUUGCCUUGACAACAAAAUUAGAAGUAUUUUCCCAUGCGUCUUAUCAUGUACUAUCUGUAUGCAAAAUUUCAUUUGAUUUGAGCCAACAAUAACUGAGCUAUGCUUCAGUUUACUAUUCAAUAAACAUACUUACCCAACCAAUGACGUCACACGUUGUGCUGAAUCAGCAAUUUAUAUUUUGCACAUUUUUGCGCAUAACUUCGGAACCAGAUGAGAUAGAAUAGAGCAGUAAAUGGCCAAUCGGCUUAUUUUUUCAUAUUCUUUCAGAUAAAGCAAUAAAAUUUUUUAUUGCCAAUGUCCUUUAAAGUCGUCUCGACUUAUCCCGGAAAUCCAUUCACUUCUACGCUCGGCGGUCAUUUCUUCUGUGUAUUCUCCUUGGUGGACAACUACGCGUGGAACGCGAAAAAACUUAUUUUUUCAGCACUUCGCUGCUCUUUUCCCGUUUUAUUCCCACAACCGACAAUGAGGCAAAGUACCAUGAUCUAAAAGAGUGUAAUUUUGGUUAUUAGAGAUUUAAAAAGUGUAAAAUAUGCCCCAGUUGCCGAUUUCACAAUACAAACACUAUAUACUCUAUUACGAUGGAACACCAACAUGGCAGCUAACAUGGGUUGUCAUGACGACGUUCGAAAUUAGUCACGUGAGUGCAAACGCUCUAUACACCCUGUAGACAGUUACUAAAUAACUUUAAAAUGAUUUUUUGAGAAAUAAUAUUAAAAAAUGUUGAAUCACACUGGUUCGCGGGGUCGAUAAAAUACACCAGGGACUGAAUAUUGGUAUGGUAUUAUUAUUAUGAAAUAAUCAAACAAUUCGAACUAAAUUAAACAAAGAAUAUAUGAUGUCGAUUUCGUUUAUUCAAUCAAGAGAAUUAUAAAAUCUACGGCGAGGUGAAGCUGACCUGCAUGUCCUCAAUAAUAUUUAUUCGUUUCGUUUAUAUAAUUUUGUAAUUUGUGUAAUUAGUUAGUUAACACGCCCAUCAUGAAUAACAGCUGAUGUUGAUGAGGCUAGCGUGUCAAAAUAAAGUAUUAUUUAUGUAUGUAUGUAUGUAUGUAACCAAUGUCUUAAAUGAGAAUAAUAUCUGGCUUGUAUUAGGAAUAUAUUGCAAUAAUCAGCAUAUACUGCGUACGUACAUAUUACUUACUUCUGUGGCAAUAUCCAGUCAUACAAUUAAUAUAGCCUAAAUCAGGUUAGCAGUUCUCAAUGUCCUCAAUCUUCUCUUCAAAACAGGUUAGCAAUCAGUAUUUCAAUACAAACAGUUAAACAGACUCGAUCUACAGAUCUGUCAUAUUUUGCGUCCUUCUAAGGGACCAUUCAUUAUUUAUGACUGGGGGGGUGGGCUGGCAAAAUUCAACUAACAACUAAACAAAAUGUCCUGCCCCACCCCCUGCAUCGCAAAAAAAUUCAAUGAUCCCCUUCACAUAAAUUCUAAAAAAUAAUAACCCUCCCCCCAUCCACCACCACCACCAACAAUAUAAUAAAUGUAAAGUACUGUAUAGAAAUGCGCUGUUUAACUUGUUCGGUAAAAAGCAUCAGCUCUUUCAUUUACUUGUUCUUUCAACAAUCAAUAUGCAUUCCUAUUUAACCCCAUUAAUUUAAGCUGCAGAGUUUUCUGUUGACAAGUAAAAUCGUCUGGUGUUAAACAAGUAAAAGAAUAAGUACUGGGGCGCAAUGGGUUAACUAGAGACAUUGUGCCAUACCAUUUUUCGCUACUAAGAGUGUAGUAAAAAGUUGCUCAAAAAGGAAAACGUUACUUGAAGUUGCUCGAGCCGAAAAAAGUUGCUCCAAACGCAAAAAGUUGCUCAAAAGUUGCCGAGCACAAUCGGGACAUGCCUAGCAGAGCUUCCCCGUUGACGAGUGAAAUCGGUUAGGAGUAUAGGGUUAGGAAUAGGGUUAGAGUUACAGUGCUGUAGGAAGCUCUUCUUGAUUGGGGUGCUGAAAGUGAGGGUCAAAGGCCCAAGGGGUUUUAAAUUUAGAGUCUCUGAAAUGCCAUUUCCUGGACUUUGGGGAAGAAUUAACAGAAUUCUGAUGGUCAGAAAACAACAUUUUAGUAUGUCGAAAUUUACAAUUUAGUAGCACUAAAUGGGCGAAGGCGUAUUUAAUUAAUUAUAUAUUGGGUAAGUUGCACGAAACUAUGAGAAAUAUCUUCAUAAUUCUUUGAAGUUUGUCAUGGUUAAUGUAGCCGCUUAAAAUUAAUCAAUUGUCAGUAUUUUAAAGGUAUAUUAUUUAAAUGAUAAAGGUCUGGAUGAUUUUGAAAAAAGAAUGAUUAGCAAAUUAUGGGGGGGGGGCGGCUGCAGCCCUCCGGUUGCUACGGCCCUGGAUUAGGAGUUGGUUGGGGUACUACGUCAAUGAACUACAAAGACCGCCAAACAGCUAGUGACUCGGACAUUUGACUCAGGCUCGGAUUGACUCGGACUUGACACGGUAAACCAACACACUCCUUACUAAAUUAAACCAUGUAUAAACUACCUAGUACAAACUAGUGUACAUAGUAUUUGCCAAUGUUGCUACAUCACUUACUCGUUAAUUAUAUUUUUUUAUUAAAAUGUACGUAAUUGGAAUAUGACAAAGAUUAAUGGCAAGUUCAUGGAAAAAGUUAUAAAAGUAGAUGUUCGAUUAUUUUUCAUAUUAGCUGCGCGCGUUGCAUUUUGGGUAUUUGCGCAUUGCAUUUUGGGUCUAUCUGCUGAUUAAAAGUGAGAAUUUUUCUAGCUAUACAUGAAUUAAAUCUGCUGCCUUGUUCGCUCCCUGUGGUAGCAAUAAUCGUUACAUGUCAAAUUUUUCUCCACCAUAAUACCACUGUAAUAAAUAACUGAACCCCCCUUCUGAACCAAUAUUUUUAGGUACCCCCCCCCCUUUUUUUUCAGUCAAAAAUACCUCCUGACUCACCCCUUUUUUUACCAGCCCACCCCCAGUCACAAAUAAUGAAUGGUCCCUAACGUGCGGUCUCAAAAAACAAAACUAUUAUAUUUCUUAAAGGGGCAGUAUGAUCAAAAUUUUCAUUUUCUUAAACGAAAGUGCUCGUAAAACUGUAUAAUAACUUGUAUUGAAGAUUUUUGUUCCCAUGCUUAGUUCUUGAGAUAUUUCAUUUUGUUUGUAACCACGUGACGUCAUCUACUCAAUUACAUAUAUAAUGAGAUAUCAGUAAUUGUUGUGUAUCUUUGCUAUUUUUAUCAAAAUAUUUCGAAAGAUGCAGCGCGUUUGUUAAUUUAACCUGUAUCAUUAAGCAUACUGUGUUUUUUAACAAAUCGAUCAAAAAUAGCAAAGAUACACAACAAUUACUGAUAUCUCAUUAUAUAUGUAAUUGAGCAGAUUACGUCACAUGGUUACAAACAAAAGAAAUAUCUCAAGAACUAAGCAUGGGAACAGAAAUCUUCAAAACAAGUUAUUAUACAGUUUUACGAGCAUUUUCGUUUAAGCGUUGGUUUAAGAGAAUAACAAUUUUGAUCAUACUGCCCCUUUAAACGUCAAUCAAAUUAAGUCAUCUCAAGUCUUAAGUCACUCAUCUUACCGAUUAUUAGUAAAAUUUUCGAAAGAUCCGUUUUCAAUCAAUUGUAUGAAUUUCUUUACGCUAAUAAUCUACUUCCUAAACAUCAAUUUGGGUUUCACCCAAAAUAUUCUACUCUGGCAGCACUCAUUCAGAUGUGCGAUGCAUGGUAUGAGAAUAUGGAUAAUGUUGACUUAAAUGGUGUAGUUUUUAUUGAUAUUCGAAAAGCUUUUGACUCUAUUAAUCGUAAUAUUCUUUUGCGCAAAAUGAAAGUGCAAUUUGGGAUUUCAAAUAUUGAAUUAAAACUGUUUGAAUCCUAUCUUUCUGAGAGGAAACAAGUGCCAUUUGUUAAUGGCGCAAUGUCAGCACCAAAAAGGAUUGUUAGUGGGGUCCCUCAAGGAUCUAUAUUGGGCCCCUUAUUGUUCUUAUUGUAUAUUAAUGAUUUACCUGAUUGUCUUGAGAAGUCAGCCCCAUGCUUAUAUGCUGACGAUUCAAGUCGGAGCGGGCAUAGGAAUUUUAAAGCGUAUCAAGCCCUGUGUUCCUGAAAACACAUUGAUAUCAAUUUAUAAUGCUCUGAUACAGCCUUACUUCGAUUACUGCUCUCCCUUUUGGGGG